GGAGUUCAAAAACUUCUGAGUUUUUUUCACCAAAUAUUUCAAUUUGAGAAAGAAAAUAGAUGAAUAUGUAAAAAAUAAAGUAUAUGAUUUUUAAAUAAAAGGGCUAUAUUUGAAACACGAAUUGACUGUAAUAUAUUAUAAAUGAGUAGUGUUACAAAUUCAAGAGUAAAAUCUGAAUCUAAUUUUGUUUUCAUGAAUAAAUAAUGGCUUCAAAGUGUGAAGAUCCAGUUUCUACUCUCUCGGAAGAUAACAUUUCAGAUCUAGUCAACUCCAGUCUGAAUUUAAAAAUAUUAAAACCACUGGACGAAGCACUGCGGUGUAGAAUCUGCUAUGAAUAUUUCAAUAACUGUAUGAUAACAAAAUGCAGCCACAAUUAUUGUUCUAUUUGUAUUAGAAAGUACAUGAUGUAUAAAUCACAGUGCCCUACAUGCUUUCAGGAUGCUGCAGAACCAGAUUUGAGAAACAACAGACUUAUAGAUGAAAUUCUUCGGUUAUACAAAAUCAUUAGAGAAAAUCUGCAGACUUCAAUACCAAACGAAUCCACAAUAAAAACUGAGCCUGUUCUAGUUACUGAAUCUGUAGACAUCAAAAUAAAAAAAGAACCUUCAACAUCAGGUCAACAAGAAAAGACAGAAGAUUUAAAAGAUAUUCCACAUGUUGAUUUCCCUGAAGUAUCAUGUCCAGUAUGCUAUAAAACAGUGUCAGGUGGUAGGAUAAAUAUCCACCUUGAUAAAUGUCUUCAAAUUCAAGAAAAAGAAUCUGAAAGAAAAUCACUACCAAAACUAGUAUAUCACUUACUCUCUGAAAAGGAAAUUAGGAAAAGAUUGAAAGAACAUGGCCUAAGUACUUCAGGUGAUAGACAGACAUUAAUUCGACGCCAUAAGAAUUUUGUUACUUUAUAUAAUGCAAACUGCGAUUCUUUAGACCCAAAGCCAGUUGAAGAUUUAGUGCUAGAGAUUGAACGCCAGGAAAUUGAAGAGCGAGCUAAUACAGUUCCUAAACAAAUUCAGAUUAACAAAAAGAGUGAUAUUUCACACAUUGAAAAAGAGCAGGAAACAUAUGUAAAGCAACAUCAAUCACAAUUUAAUAGCCUAAUUAAUGACAUUCAGCUGAGAAAUUUAGGUCAAACAGUGGUGAAACAAGAAGCACAGGAAGAGUGCUCUGAUAUCUGUGAUGAUUCAGUUCUUUCAAAGACAGAAUUUAGUAAGCCAACAAAAGAAAGUAGCUCAAGAAAACAAAAGGCAAAGAAAGAAAAAGAUAUGCUUCCUGCUGAAAAUAUAAAUCCUGAAACGCUUUCAAGCAAAAUAAAAGAGCUUCCACUUUCUAAAAGUUUGGAAAAAAUCCAAGAUACUUACACAAAUGGUUCUGAGCCAUUAGAUGACUUUGAUCAUGGAAAAAUAACAAAGCUAAGCCGUCUAAGGAAAAGGAAAACCGGAAGAAUAAGCAUUGAGAGUCCAGCCAGCCCAAAGAAAAAAUAGUGUGCUUAUAUUGCAAAUGUAUUUGUGUGCAAUUUUCAAUACUGAAUUUUAUCACUGCUACAUAAAUUUGUCAAAAUAUAAAAAAUAAUUUCUUGCAAAAUUUUAUAUAACUUCUCAUCGAAUUGUAAAAUUGUAGUUAUUAUAUUAGAUAAAGCAAAAAAAAAAAAGUAUAUAAAAAGCUAUUUUUUUUUCUUCAGAAUAGCAGCAAAUUCAAUCAGAGUCAUAAAGAAAUGUGAAAAAUUGAUUAUUAAACAAUAGCUUGUUUUAUAAUGAUUCAUAUAGUUUAUCCUAAAAUGUUUAGACACAAGAGAUUUGCACAUAGCUUGGAUAACUAUUGUUGACAAUUUGUAGAUGCUACUUAAAAUAUCAUUCAAGUCUGUUUAUUCUAUAAAUAGUUUUUCUCAAAAUAAAUGGCAUGUGUGUUAUAUGCAUUUUGGUAUGUACUAGCUGCCUUUGUUGACCAGCUUGUUCACCUAGAUGACCAACUUUUUAGGCUGUUAAAUUACUCAUAUGGAAUGCAUUUUUUUUUAAAUUCAUCCUGUUAUGUGAUUAAAGAACAUGAACUUAAUAUAAUGAGUUUACUGCAAAUUUAAAAGUAUAUAUAUAUAUAUUACAAAAUAAAAAUGGAAAUUUAAAUCUUACCAAGGAGAUCAUAAUUGGCAAAAGCGUGCAAUUGAAUGUUUUAAUGGGCGAGUUUGAAUUGCAUCAUAACAUUUAAGAAUAAUGUUACACAUAAUUUGAAAUGAAACUGAUAUCAUUAAAAAAGUAAAUGCUUAACAUAAAGAUCAUUUUUGUAUGUAAUUGGUUUGGAAACUAUUAAUAUCAAUUUCAAAAAGUAAAUCAUAGCGAGUACCCAUCUGGCAACAGUUAAGCCAAUUUUUUGCACUUCAUUCAACUUUCUGUUGAAGUCUAUUUCUCGAUUUCUUUUAUAUCUUCUUAUUUUGACUAAAUGAUGACUUUUUGAUAACAUGUAAACUCCCUCCAGAACAUUUGAAUCUUCGUUAAUCAGCUAAGGAAAGCACUGAAUUCAAUGCAGCAAUAAAAAUAUUUAAAAUUUGUACAGGGAUCUGGUUAUAUUUGACAAUAAGUAAUAAGAGCAAUUUCUGUGCUAUGUAUCUUAGCAUUUUUUAAUCUAUCUAUGCUGGCUUUUGUGUAUCUAUAAUUGCAUAUCUGCUUUAGAUUGGACGGAUUUCUCUGCCUUGGAUAUAUAGAUGUUUGAUAAUCAUUUGAUUAUAAAUUUGGAAUUCAAACUUUUUUGUGAAUUCUAUUUACAAAUUUAUUAUAAUCACUGAGCAUUAUUUUUUCUGCCCAUUUAGAAAACAAAACAAAUAGACUUAAUAAAUUGAUAAUAUUUAUUACUGCUAUUCUGUCAAUAUUAAUUUAUUUCUAGGUAUGUAAUAGUUUCACGGCUUAAGGAUCCCAUGUGUGAAUAUGAAAUCACUAAAGAUCUCUUGUGACCUGGGUAAGUGGGCAUUAAAUCCAUUGUGUUGAAUGUCUUUCUGCUAAUAGAAUGGUGUGAAAGUUUGGAGAAAAGGUGUUUAUUGAAAUAGUAUCUUCAUCAUUUAUCUAUGCUGCAUGUUUAUGAAGUAUGUUUUCUAACAGCCUUUGUAUGACAUCAAAGUGAGAAUUUAAUUUAAUUAAGCUAUAUUUAGAAACGCAAUCUCUCUUUUAUAUGUGUCUAUACUUCUGGGAGCUUUUCUAUGAACAUUUCAAGAGCACUUUUAUUGUUUGAAAAUGAUUUCUCACAUUUCAAUGUAAAAUUAAAAAACGAUAUUUUUCUUUUUUGAAAUGAGCAAUAAUAAUUUUAACUUGUUUGUAUCUAUUAUCAAUUAAACUUUACUUGUGCUCACUAUAUUUCUGAAAUAUAUAUUUUUAUUAUUUGGCUUAUUAGUGAAACUGGCUCAAUUUUUAUGCUCAAAUUUGGCGUAAGAUGUUAGCAUAUGUCGCAAUAACUAAUACUUGUAAUAUAAAAAAUGAAAAUGAUUGUAUUAUACUUUUUCGAUCUAAUAGAACUAAAGAAAUGAAAACUAAUUGAGAGAAAGAUGUGUGUGCCUAUGUGCCUUGAUUUUUUUAAAGCAAUAAUAUAUUAUUCAUUUGCUGAUGGACAUAGUUCAAGGCUCCUAGAAGAGCACUGUCUUGUCUCAUAUGCUUCAGCAUAUUUGUCAAAUGGAAUUCAUUAUAAAAAGUUCUAUGCAAUAUACUUUUUUCAGACUAAUCUAAUUUAUUGAAUUCUUUCUAACAGCUCUCUCACUUGUUCCAUUUACCUGUUUGUCGUAUAUAUAUAACAGAUAAUUGUAUUUUUAAACAGAUUAUUUGUAAUCAAGUUCUGAUAGAUUUUAUAAUUGAUUAAUAUAUAAAAGUUACACAUGAUCUAUGAAUUCAUUGCUGAAUCAAUACAAUGCAUUCCCAAAGCAGUAAAUAUCAUCAUAUUAUAUAAGUAGAGAUUAAAAAAAAUGCCUUAUUCAAGUAAAGCUAUAUGUGUACUUUUGAAAUGUUGAACUAUCCUCUCUAUAGACAAAAUGCAAAGUCUUUAGCAUGUUAGUAAUAAAGAUAAGCAAGCUUUAUUAAUAUUAAAAAUAAUUCUUUAUUAAUUUUAAUGCUGGAUAUUGUAUUAAAUUAUAUUUACAAUUUUCUUAGCUGUGUAUUUUGUCUUUGAUUAAUGCUAUUUCAUUAAUAAAUAUUCACUCUUUAAUCCAUACAAUUUUGUAGAAAGAUCAUGAAAGAAUACAUUUUGCAGAAUAAAAAAAGAUAAAGCAUGAUUAUCUAAUCACUUCUACAUAACUUUUUAAAGUUAUUAAAAUCAUAAUUACAUUACUGACCUAUUCCAUACCAUGGAAUCUGAAUGAUAUAGGGCUCCUAUAGAAAUAUUUCUCUAAAUUCUUGCAGCAUAUCUAAUAUAUAAGCAUAUUUUAUUUCUUGUUGACAAAAGCAUGAUUUUACCAUGCAUGAUCUUAUCUUGUUGACAAAAGCAUGAUUCCAUACCAUGGAAUCUGAAUGAUAUAGGGCUCCUAUAGAAAUAUUUCUCUAAAUUCUUGCAGCAUAUCUAAUAUAUAAGCAUAUUUUAUUUCUUGUUGACAAAAGCAUGAUUAUAGUUUACUUAUUAUUAUUAGAAAGAGAAUGUCUACAUAGGAACAAUUAUAUAUUUAGGAUUUUUUUUUUUUUUUAAAAUACUAUUGACUAUAAAUUACGAGUAGAUUUUGUGAUUUAAUAAAUAUUUUUAAUGUCUUAUAAAUAAAGCUUGUUGGCCUCUUGUGUAAUUAGUUAUAUCUUGGCUGAGUGCAAUAUUUUCAUUUUAAAAUUACUAAUUUUAGCUGAUGACAAAAAAAAAUAUAGGUUAUGUAAUCAAGAUUUCUCGAAUUCAGUGAUGAAGAACUGCCUUACAACCUUCAACAGUCAAACCAUAAUAAUUUUCAUUCUCUAAAAAGAGUAGCAUCAGUCACCAAAUCAAUAAAAGUUAAAAAUUUUGCUCUUACAGAAGUAUUCUAAAUUUUAGGAAUUGAUGAUGAAGCCUUUCAAAGUUGGAGUAUUCUAUUGUUACUGUCCUAUAUUAUUCAAAGAAUAUUUUUUUCUUAUCUUAUCAACAAUAAAAAUGCACCAUAUUCAUAAUAUAUUCUGAAUAUUUUGUACAAAUAUUUUAAAGUCAUUUUGUUUGAUUAACCAUUCAUGUACCAAAGCAUUUGAAUUAUAGAAAAUGAAUGUACUUGCCUGAAAAUAUGUGCUUGUUUUGAUUCAAAUCAUGGUAUAUUUUAAUAUGAUAUUUUUAACCUUAUUGUGUGUUAUUGUCCCUGCCAUUUCUGCUUUGAAAGCUUUAUUUUUAACAUAAUUCAGGUCUAACCUUUAAUUUUCAUUUAACUGAGGUAGACAUCAUUAACAUUAGAAGUGAAUAGUGCUGCUAUUUAGUUUAGGGUAGCUAAAAUGCUUUUUAUUGCCUUCUUGAUAGAAAAGAUAUUUUCAUUUCGAUAUGAUGCCUAGCUCAGUUAAGUUCAUUACUCUUGUAUCUCAUUUGUUUCAAUUUUCUUUUUUUAUGUUACUAAGUGAGAAAACAUGAAUGAUUUACAUUGUUUAAAAGAACUUUAUAUUUUAUUCAUUAUUUUAUAUGGGUUGUUUCAUUUUAUUUGAGAAAUACUGAUAUGUAUUAAAUCAUUUCACACAAUUGUUUUGAGUUUAA